UUCUUUUGAUGAGCUUUGAAUCGGAGAAGAAGCAAUGGCGAUGGCGAGUUUGGCGAGGAGGAAGGCGAUGGCGCUCGUCGGCAUCGGUGGAUCCCUCCGGUAUACGGUCGCCGUUCGGGGAUUCGCGGCGGCAGCGGGGGAUGAGAAUGAUGUCGUCGUGAUUGGCGGCGGUCCGGGUGGGUAUGUGGCGGCGAUCAAGGCGGCGCAGUUGGGGCUCCAAACAACUUGCAUCGAGAAGCGCGGAACCCUAGGUGGAACUUGCCUUAACGUUGGAUGCAUCCCCUCCAAGGCGCUACUCCAUUCAUCUCAUAUGUAUCAUGAAGCCAAGCAUGCAUUCCCACACCAUGGUGUCCAAUUCUCUGAUCUUAAGAUUGACCUGUCCGCAAUGAUGGCACAGAAAGAUAAAGCAGUCUCUGGUCUCACUCGUGGUAUUGAAGGGCUUUUCAAGAAAAACAAAGUUACUUACGUGAAGGGAUAUGGCAAGUUUAUUUCUCCUUCAGAAGUCUCAGUCGACACCCCUGAUGGGGGAAGCGCGGUUGUGAAAGGAAAGCACAUCAUAAUUGCUACUGGUUCUGAUGUCAAAUCCCUCCCUGGUGUCACCAUCGAUGAGAAGAAGAUUGUUUCAUCAACUGGUGCACUGGCCCUUACUGAAAUCCCUAAGAAACUAGUGGUGAUUGGUGCAGGCUACAUUGGACUUGAGAUGGGUUCAGUCUGGGGUCGGCUAGGUUCAGAGGUGACUGUCGUUGAAUUUGCUCCUGAUAUUGUUCCAACCAUGGAUGGUGAGGUACGCAAGCAGUUCCAGCGCAUGCUUGAGAAACAGAAGAUGAAGUUCAUGCUUAAAACAAAGGUGGUUGGAGUUGAUACCUCGGGUGAAGGUGUGAAGCUGACUAUAGAACCAGCAGCUGGUGGUGAGCAGAGCACUCUCGAAGCAGAUGUUGUUCUUGUUUCAGCAGGUCGAGUUCCCUUCACAGACGGCCUUGGGCUGGAAAAGCUAGGCGUUGAGACUGACAAAAUUGGGAGAAUCACAGUUGAUAAGAAGUUCAUGACAAACGUUUCUGGAGUAUAUGCUAUUGGAGAUGUGAUACCAGGGCCUAUGUUAGCUCACAAGGCAGAAGAGGAUGGUGUUGCCUGUGUGGAGUUCAUUGCUGGUAAGGAGGGCCACGUGGACUACGAUCUGGUCCCCGGGGUGGUAUACACACAUCCGGAGGUUGCUUCAGUCGGGAAGACCGAAGAGCAGGUGAAGGCCACUGGUGUUGCAUACCGUGUGGGCAAGUUCCCGUUCAUGGCAAACAGCCGUGCUAAGGCCAUUGAUGAUGCGGACGGUAUUGUGAAGAUACUAGCCGAGAAGGAGACCGACAAGGUACUGGGAGUCCACAUUAUGUCACCGAAUGCGGGGGAGCUUAUACACGAGGCAGUGCUUGCACUGCAAUAUGGAGCCUCCAGUGAGGACAUUGCUCGCACAUGCCACGCCCAUCCGACCAUGAGCGAGGCUGUGAAGGAGGCUGCAAUGGCUACCUAUGACAAGCCCAUCCAUAUAUAAUUUACCCUCUUGUCCCCCUUACUGCUUCUGUGAAAUUUUUGAAAUAAUUUUUUUGAAACAGUUGACUGCAAUCCUAUUUAAUUGUUUCCCUUCUUGUUUAAUACUCUCAAGGGAUUGAGAUUUUACGGAUGCUUUUCUGAAAGUUUA